AUGGUUCCCGAAGUCAGGGUCCUCUCCUCCUUGCUGGGACUUGCGCUGCUCUGGUUCCCCUUGGACUCCCACGCUCGAGCCCGCCCAGACAUGUUCUGCCUUUUCCGUGGGAAGAGAUACUCCCCCGGGGAGAGCUGGCACCCCUACUUGGAGCCUCAGGGCCUGAUGUACUGCCUGCGCUGUACUUGCUCUAAGAGUGCCCAUGUGAGCUGUUACCGCCUCCACUGCCCUCCUGUCCACUGCCCGCAGCCUGUGACCGAGCCACAGCAGUGCUGCCCCCGGUGUGCGGAACCUCACACCCCCUCUGGGCUCCGGGCCCCCCCAAAGUCCUGCCAACACAACGGGACCAUGUACCAACACGGAGAGAUCUUCAGUGCCCAUGAGCUGUUUCCAGCCCGUCUGCCCAACCAGUGUGUCCUCUGCAGCUGUACCGAGGGCCAGAUCUACUGCGGCCUCAUGACCUGUCCGGAGCCAGGCUGCCCCCCACCUCUCCCGAUGCCUGCAUCCUGCUGUCAAGCCUGUAGAGAUGGAUCAAGUGAGAAACCCGCCGAAGAGGUCACCACACAGUCACACCAUGGGGUGAGACAUCCACAGGACUCAUGUACUGGUGACGGUGGGAGGAAGGGAGGCCUGAGCACCCCAGCCCCCACUGAGCUCAGCAACCCCGGGGGCUUCAUCCCUCGCCACUUCCGACUGAAUGGGGCAGGCAGCACGACAGUAAAGAUUGUUCUGAAGGAGAAACACAAGAAAGCCUGUGUGCAUGGUGGCAAGACAUACUCCCACGGGGAAGUGUGGCACCCAGCCUUCCGCUCCUUCGGACCCUUGCCCUGUAUCCUGUGUACCUGCCAGGACGGCCGCCAGGACUGCCAGCGGGUCACCUGCCCCACAGAGUAUCCCUGCCAUCACCCCGAGAAAGUGGCCGGAAAGUGCUGCAAGAUUUGCCCAGAGGACAAGGCAGACUCUGACCACAGUGAGGUCAGUGGUACCAGGUGUCCGAAGGCUCCAGGUCGGGUCCUUAUCCACACAUCAGUAUCUCCAAGCCCUGACAACCUGCACCGCCUUGCCCUGGAGCAUGAGACCUCUGAGCAGAUGGAAAUCUAUCUUUGGAAGCUGGUGAAAGGAAUCUUCCACUUGAUUCAGAUCAAGAAAGUCAGGAAGCAGGAUUUCCAGAAAGAGGCACAAAACUUCCGGUUGCUCACCAGCACCCACGAAGGUCACUGGAACGUCUUCCUAGCCCAGACUCCAGAGCUGAAGGUCACAGCCAAUCCAGAAAAAGCAACCAAGACCUUGUAA